CCUGCAUCGACGCUGGUUUCAGCUAUGUGGCAGGGGAGGAGGGGUGUCGGUGGUGGUGGUGCGGUACAACAGCAUGAUUGUUCCCUUCUUCAGCUUCUCCUUCAGUCGUGGAGUGGAGUUGAGAGCCGGGACAGUGCGCAUAUUUCACAGCAGCAGAUUGGCUGCAGUCCAGUCACAGGAGGAAGGACAGAGGAACAGUUCGGAGAGUAAACAUCCCCCAGCUUGACUCAUGCUCACAAAGGUCUUUUUCUCUUUAUCAGUCUCCACCCUCGGGUGAAGAAAGAAGUAGAGGUUUGGAUGCAGGUUGUAUGUUGGCUGCUGUGCCUUGGCACGGCAGGGGCACUCGCUGUACUGCAGAAGGACCAGGUGGCCCAGCAUGCCAUCAAGCUUUAUCGGAGCAAGGGGGCCAUACACGGUCAUGGCUGGGUGGCCAGCAACUGCAAGCGACUGGUGGGUCUCCUGCGUCAGAAGAAUGUGGUCGUCAAGAAACUGGCAGCCGCUGCUGAUGCUGUUGGACGAGACCGCGCCCUUUCGGAACCCGAGAGGCACUUCCAGGUUCACACUCUGGAGGUUUUCCAGAAGGAGCUGAAUGAGAGCGAACACCUGGUGUUCCAGGCGGUGCACAGCCUGCAGAGGGCACUGCAGGGAGACUACAGGGAUGUGGUCAACAUGAAGGAGAGCAGCAGACAGAGGCUGGAGGCCCUCAGGGAGGCGGCAAUAAAGGAAGAACAGGAGUAUGUGGAGCUGGUGGCUGCUGAGAAGCACCAACAGGAAGCUGUUAAGAGUGCUUUAGCCCAGAAUAAGACUCUGUCCAUGCUGGAUGAGAUCCUGGAGGAUGUCAGGAAGGCAGCAGACCGGCUAGAGGAGGAGAUCGAGGAGCACGCCUUUGACAACAACAAACAGAUGAAAGGAGUAAAUGUAGAGGCAGUGUUGAGGGUUGAGGAUGACGAGGAGAAUGGAGGGAAGAGGAAGAACAAGUCUCACCAAAAGGAAGUGGAGGAUGACCUGGGACUGAGCAUGCUCAUUGACUCGCAGAACAACCAGUAUGUCCUGACCAAACCACGAGACUCCACAAUGCCCAGAGCAGACCAUCACUUCAUCAAGGACUUGGUGUCGGUGGUGAUGUUGUCCCUGCCCUGUGGUUGGAUUUGCACUCUCGUUGGUCUUCCUCCUAUGUUUGGAUAUAUCAUCUGUGGCGUCCUCCUCGGUCCUUCUGGCCUCAACAGCAUCAAGUCUAUGGUCCAGGUGGAGACUCUGGGGGAGUUGGGUGUGUUCUUUACUCUCUUUGUGGUGGGACUGGAGUUCUCACCUGAGCGCCUUCGAAAGGUAUGGAAGACAUCCGUCCAGGGGUCGUGCUACCUGAGUCUGCUGAUGGUGGGGGCUGGUUUGUUGUGGGGACAAGUCCUGCAUAUUCGACCCACCCAAACUGUCUUCAUCUCCACUUGUCUCUCCCUUUCCAGCACUCCACUAGUGUCCCGCUUUCUAGCAGGGGGGAGUAGAGGGGACAAAGAAGGUGAUCUGGACUACAGCAGCGUUCUCCUCGGGAUGUUAGUAAUGCAAGAUGUUCAGCUCGGUCUCUUCAUCGCCGUCAUGCCGACUAUGAUCCAGGCACAGAGCGGAGACUUGGGCAGCUUCCUGUUUGGAAGUCUCCGCGUGUUAUACCUCCUGGCCCAGGUCCUGGUCUCUCUGGCUGCUGUGCUGCUGCUGUGUUUGUUAGUAAAAUCAUUCCUGAUUGGCCCGUAUUACAAGAAACUACAUGCUGAGAGCAAAGGCAACAAGGAGAUCCUGGUGCUGGGAAUGGCAGCCUUCGUCUUUUUCAUGUUGACGGUGACAGAGUUUUUCUAUGUUUCCAUGGAGCUGGGCUGUUUCCUGGCUGGAGCUUUGCUGUCCACGCAGGGUCACAUGGCUACUGGGGAGGUCAUGGGAUGCAUCGAGCCAAUCAGAGAUUUCCUCGCCAUCAUCUUCUUCGCCUCUAUCGGUCUCCACGUGUUCCCCACAUUCGUGCUCUAUGAACUCACCAUUCUGCUGGUGCUCACGCUCACGCUCGUCAUUAUGAAGUUCAUGAUGGCUGUACUGGUGCUGUCGGCGAUCCUGCCUCCAGGUUCCCGACACAUACGGUGGGUUGUCUCAGCUGGUCUGGCUCAGGUCAGCGAGUUCUCCUUCGUCUUGAGCAGCCGUGCCCGUCGUGCUGGCAUCAUCUCUAGAGAGGUGUACCUGCUGGUUCUCAGUGUCACCACCCUAAGUUUGCUACUGGCACCAGUGCUGUGGAGGGUCACAACACACAAAUGGGUUCCUAGAGCCGAACGCAAAACAAUCACAUGACCUGACUGACUUCAGGGCCGAAAGGUUCCACGUGAAGCUCUUAGAAAGCCGGCAGUGGCAUCACGAGAACCGGAAGAUAAGUCUUAUAUGGCCAUUGAGAAAGGGUCUUGUGUUAAUGCACACGAUACUACAACAUCAAAAAUCAAAUCUUCCUCUUCCUCUUCUUGAUUUAACAGACUCUGUUUUAGAGGAGGAGAGAAAACCAUCAUCAGCUACAUUUUGACUUCUUGAAAAGUACCUCCUUCAGCUUGUUAUAAAGGUCUUCUGCUAUAUGUCAUCCAAUACAUUUUUCUCCUGGACUAUCCAUGCUCCUCACCAGUGUUUACAUAUAGGUACUGAUACUGGAUAAGGUUUUAAAUCAUACUUAAAUCAUUUCUAUAAAAUUGCAGUAUCAGUGAAACAUCCACUCUUUUAGCAAAAACCAACAACUCUUGAUAGGAGGCACACCUGCUUGGCUGUUUAGUGGAGAAGCACAAGUACUUGAUAUCCCAUUUUAAUGCACUUUUUAAUGCAUUAUGAAGAAAAACAGAUACCCCCUCUCCACUGUCUAUAUGAAAGAUUUUGUUUUCCAUUGUUUUUUUUUUUUUUAACUGCAUCAAGUUUCUCUCUUUCUGACAUUCACAAGGACCAAAUCUGAAGGUUUGACUUCGUGUUUUAUUUUAUUUUUCCAUGUAUCGAAACAUUUUAGUUUGAAUUUUAUUUAAUAGGGAAAACUUUUUGUGUGAGAUUUAAAAUUGCCUCCAUUUCCCGUAUGUUUGACUAGGUCGCACUACAAUUUCCACCAUUUACCUUCAAAUUUAGAUUUAUAAAUGGCAGCUUGGAUUCUUACUGAAGUGCAAACCUCCUAUUUACUGUAUUUAAUAUAUGGUACUUGUAGUUUAUUCUAAUCAUUGUACUACUGAGAGUUUAGCUGUGAUGACACAUUUUAGUGUUACCUAAGAACUACAAUAAUUCCUUUUGCCAAGUCUAUAACCGUCUUUUUUUAGGCUCUCCAUGCUUGUCAGAUGUAUGUAAUCCCUGGUGUAAUGCACAUUAGGAAAACGUAGAAAUGGAGAUAAUGAAAUAUUAGAUAGAAGCUCACAAGAACAGAAGUUAAUCAUCAGAACUGAUUUACUGAGGUUACAUUUAAAGAAAAAUCCUGCACUAGUUACCAUUGAAUGUCAAACGUAUGUGCCUGCUCUUAACUAAAAGCGAGACUUUGAGGAGUGUAAUCUCCCUGCGAGAGAGAACCUUUGUGGCAUCUCGUAAAUGUCCUUGUCGUAUCUUCCAUAAUGUGCAAUGUGAACGUACGUAUGUGGCUACAUAGAUGCUGCAUUGUGUUUUGUGUGCUAUAUUUUCCUGCAGUAUGUUAACACAGAGGGAUUUUGUCUUUAUAUUUUGUAGUGGAUUGAGUUUACAUACAUGUUGGUGGCAUUGACUGACGCUUCCAGGCACAAAGAACUGCUUUUUUUUCAUCAAAAUGUUCAUGUAUUUUUGAAAUGUUUAAUUAACUCAUUUAUUUAUUAAAAUAAGAUGACAAAGAA